AUGGAUUGUGCACUCAAGGUUUUGCUGCUGGCUGCCCUGAUUCUGCUGGUUUCUGCCCAGAAUGGCUAUAGAAACUUGCCUUAUGUACAACAAAAAUAUGUAGACAAAGCACUGGAAAAGGCAAACCAGGACCUUGGAGGGAAUUCUCACAUUGCUUUUCAGUCACUCAAAGGCAUCCCGAAUACUAUGAAAAGCAGCUUCUAUGUCAAUGCCCAUCUGAUAGUCACACCAUGCAAGAAGGCUUCUCCAAACGCAUAUGAGCACCGAGAUGAUUGUGUUACACAAAAACCAAAUACGCCCAUAAUCGACUGUCUUGUGUGUAAGACAAAAGAUGGUCAAGAACUGGUUGACUGUGCCAGGUUGAUGGAUGUCAAUAAUGGAAAACGCAAAGAAAUUCGAGAUAACUGUGAGAAAUAUUUCCCUUCAGGAGGAGUCAUCAUAGGUCUGCAGAAGCCACAAUUUCUGGAUGAUGUGAAGUAG